AUGAAUCCUGAUACAGCUCGUCAAUUAUUUGAAUCCGGUGGUAUACUUCUUGUACUUGAUGCACCGAAAGAUAUGGAAUUUGGUAUUGAUAUGUAUUCAUGGCAAAUUGGUCCAAAUUUUCAUGGAAUUAAAAUGAUUCCACCUGGUAUUCAUCAUUGUUAUUAUAGUGAACGUGAUUUAUUAACAAAAGAAUUAUCUAAUCGACAAAGUUUUUUUAUUGAAAUUAAACAACCUAAUCAAAUGUUAAUUUUAAUUCGAUGGUCGUCAACAGAAAAUCUUUUUCAACGUCAACAAUUAACAUCUGAGGAAUAUGAAAUACGUCGAAAUCAACGUUAUGAAUUUGAUCAUUUACUUGGUCAAUAUCCAUUAGAUACAUAUCGUCAAUGGUUAUCAUUAUCAAAUCAUUUACGUUAUGAUUUUAUAGAAAAAAUUCUUCCAUUAAAUGUCAAUGAAGAAUAUUCAAUACCAAAAAAUUUAUCUGAAGCUGAAUCUCGUUUACCUCAAAUGACAUUAAAUCCUCAAUUUGCUUUACGUUUUACAAUAAUUGAAAAAAAAACAAAUCUCUAUUCCGGUUCAGAUUUAACACAAUCAAAAUUAGAUCGUACAAAUGAAUUAGAAAAAAUUUUUAAUGAUCGUUUUGAUUCAAAUAUUUAUGGAAUUUUAUGUGAAUUACAAUUAAGUUUUAUUAUAUUUUUUCUUGGACAUUUAUAUGAUGGUUUUGAACAAUGGAAAUGUUUAUUUCAAUUAAUUUGUUCAUGUCAAAAAGCAUUUUGUCGUUGGCCUAUGUUUUAUAUUGAUUUUUUACAAAUGAUUUAUUUUCAAUUAAAAUAUUUUUCAAAUGAUUCUAUAAGUGGUGAACAUUUAUUUGUUAAUAUUGAUCAACAAGAAAAUUCUAUUUAUAAAUCAUUAGAAAAUUUAUUUGCUAAUAUAUCAGCAUUUAAUGAUAAUCAACAAAUGGAAGGUAAUGAUUUCGAAAAAUUAAUUGAACGUUGUGAAAAAAUGAAACAAUUUUUAAAUGAAACAUAUAAAUGGACAUUUGAUGAUGAACCAGAAGAUGAAAAACCAAUUAUUGUUGAACUUGAUAAUCAAUAA